GGGCUGACGUCAAACAGCAGGGCUGGGCAGCGGUUCCAGGCGGCCCAAGCGGCUGCUGCGUCCCCGGGCGCGAGCCUGAGCCCCCCACGGGGCGGUCGGACCCCUCCAGGGCACAGGCAGAGCUGCUGCCCUCCCCUGCUGCGGCCACCUUCAGCCAGCCUGCUGUGGCCAGCGUGGCCUCGCUCGGACUUCACAGCAGGAGAAGCUUUUUCCACUUCCCUGGCAUUAGUUUAGCUCUGGGGGAGGGCAUGGGAAGGAGGCAGAUGUACUGCCUUUUAGGCACCGAGAGAAGGUGGUGGGCGCUUUCCCUUGGUGGAAGGACAUGGUGGGAGGCACUGUUGUGGGUGGCCACAUGAUCUGCUGGCAGGUGUUAAGGAUGCCGGCAUGGUGUUUGCUCUGCUGAGUGCCACAGAAGAAGCGGUGCCUACGAGAUGGGCGAGCAGUGGGGUGCAGUGGCGCACGCCAGACGGUGUGGGAGAGAUGCGGUGAUGGGAGCCAGUGGUGUUUGCAGCCAGGCAGGGAGGAAUGAGGCUUGGAGACGAAGAACUGAGGUGAUGGAAGGGCUGUGGGGGGCAAAGCUUCGGUUUCUGCUGCCAAAACCUGCCUCGACCUAUCUGAUGGGGUGCCUGGCUCUGUGGCAGGGCCAAGUGGUGUGCACUGGCCAUGGCUCUUAUUCCUGGGACCUGUCAUGGAGAUGGUUAAGAAGAGCCUGGCUCCUUCAGGCCGAGUGUGUGGGCAAAGCCCUGCAGCAUGCAGAAGCUGAAGAUCAUGACGAGACCUCGGCACCUUCCCCUGCCUUCGAUCCCUGGGGACCCCCAUGGACGGGGGUGUAAGGAGGAGCCUGCGCGGUUGGGGCUCCAGGACAUGCAAGAGAAGGAAACCGUCUCCCCUGAGAGAGCAGAAGAGGCAAAACUGAAGGCCAAAUACCCCAACCUAGGCCAGAAGCCUGGAGGCUCCGAUUUCCUCAUGAAGAGACUGCAGAAAGGGCAAAAAUACUUCGAUUCUGGUGACUACAACAUGGCCAAGGCAAAGAUGAAGAACAAGCAGUUGCCAAGUGCAGGGCCAGACAAGAACCUGGUGACAGGAGACCACAUCCCCACGCCACAGGACCUCCCACAGAGAAAAUCCUCGCUUGUAACCAGCAAGCUGGCAGGGUAGCCUGUGCUCACAGGCUGGGUUUUUUCCUAUUUCCUUUUUUUGUUUUGGCUAAAUGGAUUGAAAUUCACUGUACCAUAGGGAUGGGAGCACCAGAAUCCACAUAGUUAUUUGAGUAUUUACAGCAAACACACACUGAAACUGUGUUUCAGUGAGAGGCGAACAAGAGGUGUCAGUAGCCUGGGAUGCACAGGCAGAUUUGAUUGGGCCAUUCCUUUUAGCAAGUCAGUUUGCUGCCUUAAUUUUCAUGCUGUUUGAAACCAUCCUCGCUUGCAGAGCUACUGAAGCACUGCCUCCUUGCCUGGAGAGUCAAGCAGCCCCAGGAGAAGCAGGAAAGUGCUCAGAGGAGUUGCUUGUGGUUUGCUUGGCACCGGUAGGAGAGGAGAGCUCAGAGCUGUGGUGUGUGAAUGCUUUUCAGGUGUUGGGUGUCUGCAGGGGAAGAACUGGCUGGGCAAAAGGUGUGAUACAUGAUCUGGAAGUUUAAAUAGGUGUGCGUGUUAGAGCUUCUAAGUGAAGAAAUUAGCUGAUAUGCAAAAAAUUACAUGGCUGUGUUGCUGGGCUGAGCAGCCUGGGAUCUGUCCCCUGCUUGCACAAAGCAGCUGAGCUCGCAGGAGGGGACGAUGCAUCUGAUGGCUGCAGGAGAGGGGCCAGGCAGUGUUUGAAACAGUCCUUGUGGCUUGGAGCUGUGAUGGGGCAUUUGCUGUGUUGGGGGUAUAGCCCCACCACAGCUGCAUCCAAGUGUAGGGCACAGUGUGAGGCUCGCAGCUGCCCCAGAGAGUUUGUGGGCAGUUUCUGUCUCCCCGGUCAUUUCUGGCCAGUGUGGCUAGCUGCCUUGGCAAGGGUGAGAGAUGGUGCCUCUCCCGGCUGCCGGGUAGGCAGCAAAGGUGGUGAGCUGAAUCCCACCAGCAGCAGGGUGCUUGGGACACAGGAGAGUGUCCAAACAGGCAGGCAGACCCCUGUCUGGUUGCAUGCAGCCCCUGCCUGAUGCCCAGACUUUUGUGCUUGCAAAGCAGGGGCCAGCAGCAGCCCAUGAGACAGAUGUGAGCUGUUCGAGCUGAUCUCUGAAGGGAGAGAGGCAGGACUGGGAAUAACCGCCCCGGAAGGGAAAAAAGCACCGGAGACAGAGAACGCGGAGAUUAGGAAGAGAGGAGCAUAGAGGCAAACGUGUGUUGACAGCGCCAGGCACCCCAAGCUGGGGUUUCUUUUUUCUCUUUUUUUUUUCCUUCCUGCCUUUUCUUUGUUCCAGGCCUGAAAAAUAACACCCAAACAAAAAAACCCAAAACAAAAGGUUGGUGUGAUGGCUGCAGCCUGCAGAAUGAUGUGCAUGCUUUGUGUGUGUACUGUCUGCUCCUCAUGCAGUGGAGAUGAAGUGGACUCCCCUCCUGUGCAGUGGAAGGUCUCAGCAUGCCUGUGCUAGGGCAGUGCUAAACCUGCCCAGUUUAGGCCUAGUUUUGAAGGCAUGUGGGUAAAAGGAAGUCGAGUGGAUGUCUUUUUUUUUUUUUUUUUUUUAAUUAUUUUUUUUAUUUUUAGGGAUUCCCGUCAGGUGGGGAGAAACCAAGGCAGGGAGGCAACAGGCCAUGCUCUGCAUGGGCACAGCUUUCCUUAUGUGCAUUCUUGGCUGGCUGACUCGGGGUUUCCUGAGAACCUGUUUCAUUCAUCAUGCUUUCCUGCUGCUGGCCAGAGCGAGGAAUGUGGUGUUGCUUCCUGGGAGAGUGUUUGCCAAGGGUGUGCUCAAAUGCUUGCGUUUGCCUUCAGGUGGUUUGGAGCAAGCCAGCCGCAGCUGCACUCACCAAGGCACAGUGAGCAAGGGGCUGUGUUGCCAUCCCGGUGACCGCAGAGGACAGUUUUCUCUUUGUGGAGUGGGCAAGGAGUAUAGCAGGAUUGGGGGCUGCCCACUUGUAACCACAGGUCUGUGUUUCGGUCUCUGUCACCUUUCCAGACCCUGUGUGACCUGGCCGGGGUGGCGCUGGCAGUGGCUGUGCAACCUCCUUGGAUGUUCUGCUGUCUGUCCCAGCCAUGUUGUAAAUAGAUAUUAAUCAUAUAUAUAAAUAUAUAUAUAAUUUUUUA